GCCUAAAAUUAAGAUCCUCAACCUGAAUCCUCUAAUCUUUUAUGCCCAAAACAAGUUGUAGUUAGCUUGCGUUCGUAAACACUGCACCUUCUUCCCGAACUAGUAAUUACAAUUUACAUAAACUAAAAUCAAAUUUGUGUAAAAUUGUUGGCAUAGCGUGUAGAUUGCCGGAUGACGUCAAUUCAAUUGGAGCAAAGUUACGUGUAUUCCAUAUUCGAUACUUUGCUUCCAGUUUCAGCACAGCAAUUUGCGGCCUGCAUAUUCUGUUCAAACGCCUGCAAAUGAACAUAAUCUUAUAACUGUUCGAGCUUUCAAUUCUUGAUUUGAGGUUUCUUUCUGCAUAAGACUGGUGGCCUAAUUUUCGUGCUGUUAGAUCAUCCGGCUGCCUAAAAGAUCGCUUGUAAUGGCGAAACCUGCGUUUUUUAAAGACGAAAAUUCUUUUUACAGCUGGUUAACCGAUUCAAGCAGCGAAAAAAGUAAAGAAAAGCGUGCAGGAAUAGUAAACUCAAAAAGGAAUGAACGGGGACAGCCACGUGGAGCUAUUAAGGACGCAGAUCUUCAGCCACGGUUCAUGAAUGCAGAAGUCAGUAACAAACACUUAUGUAGGUGGCUAAAUGAUCGCCUCCUUUCAGAACUUGCUCCCCCAAUGAGUAAAGAAGAAAUAGCUGGGCUUUUUGCUCCACCUCCCUGGGGUGAAAAGAAGGCCUUGACACCAUUUGAACGAAUCACAGGGGCAGGUGAUGAUUGUCUCCAUGAUAUGGCUGCUUGGGAGCCUUUUCGAAAUGUGGACAUGGAUAAGGAGACACAAAUGUUGAUGCCUUCACUGAAGCCCCGCUCAAAAGAGUUUAAGGUUCAUGUUACAGAGAGUAUGGCUUCAAUGCAAGGCUGGCAGAGGGUUGAACGACAAUCACGAGAGGCACUGCGGCGCAACUUUGAUUCACCUCUUGUUGAAGCUUUGGAGGAUAAAAUAUUGACCUAUGUAAACAGUGCUGAAAACAAUGAAGUUCUUAUUCUAGAAGCUGGAAAUCCUUUCCACCGUCUACUUCUCCAUGGAAUUUGUGAGUACUAUGGCUUGGUAUCCAAUACAGUUUCCAAGUGGGAGGAUAAAGCUGGAGAGCGUUCUUUGGUAACUAGAACCCAUAUCAAUAAAAAGAAGCAAUCUGAAAGUUCAGAUUUGAAUGAACCUGUUCGGAUGAAGCUAGUCAAUUUUCUUAGCAUCCUGAAGAAUGGUGUGCUAAAUUCUGAAGCAGCAGCUUAGAGGCUAACAAUGCACAGUGCUUAAAUUUAUCUGUAAAAUCAUACUUUCUGUGGAAUAAAAUUUUCAUCUGUAAAUCAGAUAUCCAGUCCAGUGUAAGCAUAGCAGAUGGCAUAUCAAUUCUAUGAUUGUAAAUUGUCUAAUUAUUUGGUUUCUCAGAUAAAAAAAAUGUCAUUAUUUCCUUUA